AUGGCGGGAAGCGAGCCACGCAGCGGAGGCAGCUUCCCUCAGCCACACCACAGCGACUGGAGCCGUCUAGAGGCCGCCAUCCUAAGCGGCUGGAGGAACUUCUGGCAGUCGGUGGGCAAGGAGAGGGCAGCGCCGAGAGCCUCUCAAGAGGAGGCGGAUGAGGAGUCCAGUACCCUGACGCGGCUGCCGAUUGACGUACAGCUAUAUAUUUUGUCAUUUCUUUCACCUCACGAUCUGUGUCAACUGGGAAGUACAAGCCAUUAUUGGAAUGAAACUGUACGAGAUCCAAUUCUGUGGAGAUAUUUUCUGCUGCGGGAUCUUCCUUCCUGGUCUUCUGUUGACUGGAAGUCUCUUCCAGAUCUAGAAAUCUUAAAAAAGCCUAUAUCUGAGGUCACUGAUGGUGCAUUUUUUGACUACAUGGCAGUCUAUAAAAUGUGCUGUCCAUAUACAAGAAGAUCCUUGAAAUCUAGCCGUCCUAUGUAUGGAGCUGUCACAUCAUUUUUACACUCACUGAUCAUUCAGAAUGAACCACGAUUUGCUAUGUUUGGACCAGGUUUGGAAGAACUGAAUACAUCUUUGGUGUUGAGCUUGAUGUCUUCUGAGGAACUUUGCCCAACAGCUGGUUUGCCUCAGAGGCAGAUUGAUGGUAUUGGAUCUGGAGUCAGUUUUCAGUUGAGCAACCAACAUAAAUUCAACAUCCUGAUACUAUAUUCAACUACCAGAAAGGAAAGAGAUAGAGCAAGAGAAGAGCAUACAAGUGCAGUUAACAAGAUGUUCAGUGUACAGAAUGAAGGAGAUGAUCAACAAGGAAGCCGGUAUAGUGUAAUUCCACAAAUUCAGAAGGUGUGUGAAGUUGUUGAUGGAUUCAUCUAUGUUGCUAAUGCUGAAGCUCAUAAAAGACAUGAAUGGCAAGAUGAAUUUUCUCGUAUUAUGGCAAUGACAGAUCCAGCUUUUGGAUCUUCAGGAAGACCUAUGCUGGUUUUAUCUUGUAUUUCUCAAGCAAAUGUAAAAAGAAUGCCCUGUUUUUAUUUGGCUCAUGAGCUGCAUCUAAAUCAUCUAAACCACCCAUGGAUGGUCCAGGAUACAGAGGCUGAAACUCUAACUGGUUUUUUGAAUGGCAUUCAGUGGAUUCUUGAAGAAGUAGAAUCUAAGCAUGCAAGAUGAGCCUUCUUUUAGACCUUGGGAACUGAAACCACUUGAAACUUGUUACUAAGGUCAUGAUGUGGAUAUUUGCUCAGCUAAUUUUGUCCUGCCUUUUUGCAGGUGGGCUUUAUAUUGGGACAGCUGUAACUGCUGUGUUUUUUACAUAAUUUUUAUUUUUUACCUUAAAUCAAUUACAAGAAAAAAGUUUCAGUGCUAGCAUUUAGCCCCUGAACUUUUUUUUGAUGACUUUUAUAUUUUCUUUUUUAAAAUAUUAAAUUCUG